GCUCUGAGCGCUGCUGCUGCUGGAUGCUGCGACGGGAGCUCAGGCAAGCUCCGAAGUCAGGAGAUGGUGAGGCAGGGUCAAGGCCCGCAACGGGGAGGAGCAGGCGGCUACACCACUGGUGUGGUAGGUCCUCUCUGGGGCUGGAUGGAUUCAUUGACCUACGAUGAUGUGCAUGUGAACUUCACUCUGGAAGAGUGGGCUUUGCUGGAUCCUUCCCAGAAGAGACUCUACAGAGAUGUGAUGCUGGAGACCUACAGGAACCUCACUGCCAUAGGCUGCAAUUUGGAAGACCAACAUAUUGAAGAACAUUGUAAAAGUUCUAGAAAGCAUGGAAGGUAAUUUACAUGUGCAAACUGGUAUGAAUAUGCCUCUGAAGAAACGUUAAGGUAUCCUGGAAGUUUGAAAGAAAAGCAACAGUCUAAAAGAGCUUUCAGAUUAUCGGUGAUUAUUAAUUCUCACAAAAGCAUGUACCUCAAUGUCAACUGUCUGAUUUCUGUUUGUAAUACAUUGCUCUAAAUAAAGAAGAC